AUGGCGGCCGGACGGAGGUGAGGCGGUUAUGGGCCAGGGCAGUGCCCGUACUAGAAUUCAGAAUAAACCUGACUCUGUGAUACCCGAGAGAGAGCAUGGGAAAGAUUAUUAUUAACAUGGCCAACAAGAAAGCUUACAGUGCAGGUCAUUCCAGGAACUUGAUGGACCCAUACCUAACCCAGAAUCAUAUGACAUCCCAUUACAAUAGAAUCCUCUCUGCCAAAGCUUCAGUGGAUUGUUCUGUUCCAAAAAGCAUGCUGUUAAGCAUAAAAUAUAAAGACCAACUGAAGAAGCAAAAUCUACAAACUAAAUACAAAAAAGGAUUCAUUCCUGCAAGAUCAGAAUCUUGGUCCAGCUCUGGUAGCAGUGGAAGGUUAACUAUAACAGAAUCCAUUCAGAAUCCUUCCAUGCUAGAACACAGUAAGGAACCCAGACAGCUAGCAAAUGGAUCCAUGACUCCUGAGCAAACUUUUGUCACUCCCAAAGGGAAUUUUUCAGUGUUGACUUCUGCUGCCGACAUUAAUAACGAAACAACUCAGAAAAACUUCAGUCGCUGCUACUCAGACCUGAGCUCCAGGAUUUCUAGAUCUCCCAGGCAAUGUUAUAGAUCUUUCUACAGUUCAUCAUCUAGCUUUGCAAAUAGCCAACACUGUUACAAAUUAUUUCAGGAUGCACGUCAGAAGACAUAUAGUGGUGAUAUUUUGGAGAAACAUGCUCAUUGUUUUACAGGUGGGCAGCAAUUCACUCCUCGCAUUCUAAAGAAAGAAGCACAGUCUUCCUUGAUCCAUUACAAUUAUUAUACUCCUGUGAAGAAGAAAAAACUUUCAAAAAAGAAACACAUGACGCAGGAAACACAGACUGAUUUCACCAGCUCUCAAGAUGCACCUUCACUGAAGAACAAGAAGGAUCGUUCACAGUUUACUUCAUCACAGAUUCGCUCUGAUGAUAGAGAGGACAAGGAUGUUUUAUCUCUCAAUUCCCAUUGCAAAGAGCUACAAGAAAGUUUUGAACACCCUUAUGAUUACUGUGUAGAAAGGUUAUCUUCUUCAAACAAAAUCAAGUCAUCAAUUAUGCAGAAAGUUAAGGCUGAAGAAGAGGAAUUGAAGUAUCUUGAGUUCAUCUCUGAUAUUACCAGUGAAAUAUUGACUCGAGGAUUAUUUUCAAACAGUGUUUUGGAAAGAAUAUUUGAACGACGCAUUGAAGAAAAUAGACAUCGACUAAAUGAACAGAAAUUACGUCAUAUGCUGGAUGCUUUAAAAGAAGAUUUGGGCUUUAAAUCAGAAAAAGACUGGAGGACCAGUGGUUGUGAACCAGUAUUAACAAGUACUAAAUUGUUAGAAUUAAAAAUCUCUGAUUCUUUGGAAAAUCCUAAGUUUGCACAGAAUUGGAAGGAAGAUACUGGUACUAUUGUUAACCUUUCAAUUGACAAUGAAAAUGAAGAAUCAUGGAAUCAUGGAGUGCUUGGGAAUUCUAGUGCAAGUAUUUGUUACGACCGUAGCAUUGCUGGAACCACAUAUCUUGAUGCAAUUUAUGGAGAACAAAUCCAGGAUGUUUUACACACAGAACAAGAUCAUUGCCUGUUUUCAAAUAGUGAAGAAAACCCUGAUGAUUUACAGUCUGUGGACCAUCCAUACAAUUCCACUGACUGUUGCACUGAUCUUGAUGGAACAACAGAUUUGACAGAGGUUGAUAAUCUUGUGGUGUCUCUUCAUACUGUUGACGUUAAGGAAAACUGUGAACUUGAAAAUGAUCAGCGUGGAUCUACAUUAAGUCAAGAUUCAGAAAAAGCUUUUGAUGAUGGCAUUAGUUUGUAG